AUGGCAGCCUGCAAACUCGAAACCUUUGAACCCGACUGGGAUGGUCAUGGACUCUGGUGUAUUUUUGCAGACGGCAGUCUCUCUCUGGCGUUAGUCCAGAAGGACUCUGGUCUACCAGUGCCUCGGCUUCAUUUAGACGCAAAGCUUGUGACCCAGGGUUGCCGUUUAGCGGCGUUCCCCAACGGCUGCUUUGUUGCUGAGCGCUCUGGUAGAGUUGCAGCCUAUGUAUUGGACGUUGCCGAUGCAAUCAAGGCCAAAAAACUGGUAAAGGCAUGCUGUAUGGUUGUCGAGAACGGUCGGACGCCCCAGGUUCUCAGCGUUGCAGUUUGCCCACAGCAGCCUCGUACUGGGAACCUUCGCCUAGCACUUCUCUAUGUGAGUGGUGCCCCUGAUCCAGUCAUCUACGCCGCCCAUUGGGACGUUCCGACUGCGCGUGGCAGGCCGCAGACGCAAGUGUGGCAACGUUGGCGAGAGGCACCCAUACUCGACGGAUUUCUGGGCGUCGACGACGGAUACACCUGGCUGCUGUGCGCAGACGGUUAUCUGCUUGUCCUAGACCAGCAGCUGCGAAUUUGCAAACGCUUCGAACUGCCGAGUGCAGCGCCCUGGGAUCGCAUGCGCCCUGACACACCGUCUCAGCGACUUGUUCUGGGCUCUGCCACAGGCUCGAUACUCUGUUGUUCGGUAAUGUUGACCCGCAGCAACAGCCUCGAUGCGCAUAACGUAUCCGAUUCAAUGAACGGCCUUGAACUGGCAUCUAGGGUGAUUUGUAACAGGGAAAGCGGUGCAGGUACUCUGGCCGAUACAUCGACCAGGCUGCUGAGCGAUUUCUGUGGCGCACGAGGAUUCGUCCUCGCUGGUUUCAGCGACGGUACGUGCGAAUUGCGGAGCGAGGCAUUCGAUGUCGAGUUACAAGGCGAGCGUGCUGGAGCCUACUGGUCCUGGCGCCAAGAACCGGUCCAGAUGCUGCGCGUGGAUCGCCAGCAAACCAGAAUCUGGGCCUGGUGUCCGGGCGCUGCCAUUCUACUCUGCUGGAACGCCAGCUGUCUGCCGGUUGUGGCUUCGCAUGGUGCUCGGGACGGUUCUUCAGUGGCCGCUAGCCGAGAAACGACGACGAUGAGUGCGUUCGAGUCGCAGCGUCAGCGAAUGCCGACCGAUUUCGUUGUAUCUGCAUCCAAGGUCGUGACUGCUUCGGACUGGCGUCGCACGAGCAUGCACCAUACGCACGAGACUGGAUCCGGUGCCGAUGAAAGAAGCACGCCACCAAUGCACACCGGAUCGGAACGCGAACGCCAUGACACACGCCAGCUGGCGAGUGCUGCGGAGGCCAGCCCGCGAAGCGGCUGCACCCUCUCGCCGGAGCCUUUCCAAUGCCUUCAGGAGCUCGCAACAAUUCUGGAUACCCAGCGGGCAGCCAUCAGCACAUCGCUCGCAACAUUGGACCGGCGCCUUCAGCAACUGGAGGGCGCGCCCCGUCUACAACGUCAUCCAAGAGCAAGUACCGCUGCGGACGCCGCCGCGUCUGCACAGCAGUCCGAGCAACUUCCCGGAGCGUGCUGCGGUCCAAGUGACGAAUACUCGCUGUCGUGGAACGCCAUGGCGCUGGUAAUCCGUGAUUUGCGCCUAACGCUCACGGAACUGCGCAUCCAAUACGAAGCCCAGUGUCAAACGGUGUAUCGAUCUAUCGAUGCGCUCAGAUCGGGCAAUAGCAUCGCCGGCCCGAACUCGGUGCCUGUGAGUGGUGCUCGUUCCCCAACAGAGGCGUUGGGUCAAAGCGAAUCGACCGUAUUGCAACUUGAGCGUAGCCUGCUUUUGCCGUUACAGCAGAGCCGUCAUUUGCAGCAUGAACAUGAUGAACUCUUCCAGGAAUUACUCCUGGAGAACGAAGCACUCCGAAAUCGGAUGCGGGAACUCAACGAGGCCCUGGAGACAGUUGCUGCAGCCAAUCAGGCGCUGCGUCGGGAGCAUGCCCAGCAAGCGCGGCAACUCGCUGACAUCCAAGCAGAGCGCUGUCGCCUCGUGCAGCAGCUCCGAAGCGCUGUCCGUGCUGCACGAUUCUUCUCUGAAACGCGUCCGGAGCGCGCUGAAUCCGAGCUGCGUGAACCCAUCUGCGUUGUCCAUGGAUCCACAAAGACGGCAACGAGUCGAGAGGACUCGUUUCCCUGA